UUUAUUCAUCCACCGACACUUUGUCACAUUCUUUGGUUUUCUUCUUUCCACCCACCAUUUGUCAACCUUAACACAACUAAUAUGCAUAAUCAAAAUAUAAGAAAAAAAAGCACUAAACAAAAAAAAUUGAAGGUAGAGAGCUCAGAGACAUAUGUAUUGCGAGAAAUCCUUUUCAUAAUUCUCAAAAAAAAAUAUGAACGAGAUGAAAAGCGAUAUUAAUCAAAGUUCUCAAAAACUAAAACAAAACCAACCAAUUUUGAAUGAGAUAUACAAGAUAAGGACACAUGUAAAUUGCAACAAAACAUAUUUGGGAAGAACACACGCCAAGACUUGUUUAGCUUAUAGGGCUUUCAAGGUUUCUGAAGAUGAUCUAGAUAUCAAUGGAAAGUACUAAAAAGAAGAAGAAAGCACAAGAUUUUAAUGUCCGCUUCUAUGUCAACUUGAUAACACAUCCCCAUGGAGCUACUACUACUACUACUCAUAUUCGUUGUGUCUCUCUACACUAACAACUACUACUACUCUUUACUCUUUACCAAUCAGAAGACAAUGACCACAACAUUUUAUAAAGUGAACCUGAAGCAACCGGAAAACGUUUGGUAUUGGGGCUAGUCUAGUUAGACCGAAACCGGAUUCACAAAGUUUGAUUAUCAUUAAUAAAUAUAUGCAUUCUAGGGGAUUAUAUAAAUUUGAUAUCGAUAAAUAUGGAUUUAUCUUAACAAAAAAAAAAACAGAACAUUGAACAAAAUAUACCAAACAACAUAUUUAACAGGUAACAUCCUCACAACUAUCUCUGCACCUUGGCAAGAUCGAGUGGAGAGUUUUAUAGCUCGCUAUGUGUUUCAAGCUACACUUUAUUCAAUUUGGCGGGAGCGGAAUGGUAGGAGUCAUGGAGAACACGCCAAUGUCGCUGCUCAGCUGAUCAAGUGCAUUGACAGGCAAAUGCGAGACCGGCUUUUAGCUUUGCAAAAAAGUGGUGAUCGGCGUUAUGACGAGGAUCUGCAACUUUGGCUCGCUUCACGUUUCUAAGCUUCCUAGCUUUUAGACUAUAAUACUCUGUUUUUUUCAAACCCCAGUUUAAUGUACAUGUUGCACUAGUUGUACAAACGCUAUUUUUCUGUUGAAUCAAAUUUAACAUUUUAUUCAAAAAAAAAAAAGAAGAAGCAGUUUAUGAGAUGAUGAAGCAACAAGCUUUGGAGUUAGCAAGACAAACUUUUAAGCCAGAGUUCAUGAAGAGGAUUGAUGAAUACAUUGUUUUCCAGCCGUUGGAUUUAACAGAAUUAACAAAGAUCCUCGAGUUUCAGAUGAGACGAGUGAAAAAUUUGUUGGAACAAAAGAAAAUAAAACUUGAGUACACAAAAGAAGCGGUGGAUCUUCUUGCUCAGCUUGGGUUUGCCAAACAAUGGGGCAAGGCCGGUGAAGAGAGUGAUUCAGGAGAUAGUGAAGGAGAUAUCCUCAAAAAAUUUGAAGGGAGAGUUCACAGAGGAAGACACUAUUCUUCUAGAUGUUGACAAGCCAAACAACAAAUUGGUCAUCAAGAAGCUCGAGAGUAGUGCUCCUGUUGAAGAAUUGGCCGCCGCAUGAUCAUAAAAGAGGAUUAGUUAAAUCGAUUAUAUCUCUUUUUCUAAUGAUGAUCAUGUCUUAAUUAAGGAUUAGUUAUAUUUGCCGACAAAAGAAAAUGGGAACAUUUUUAAUCAAAUGUUUGAGCUGUGACUAAUGAGAUAAUUUGUGGGUUAAGUUGUAACAAUUAUUUGGGGUUCACAAGUGUAUUAAUCAAUG